AUGACAUUGACAACAACCCAAAUUUGGUUUCUACUACACUUUUCAAAAAACAAACAAGAGGAGAAUUUACAGAGUGUCAUUGGAGGUGAAUCAUCAGCAACGUCGUCGUCUUGUCAAAUUGUCAAAAACAACAAUCAUCAUCAUUUAAAAGAAAACAUCAUCAUUGGAACGAACAAUAACAACUUUAGUAGUAAUAACAGUAAUAACAGUAACAGAUCGAAUCAAAAAUACAUAAUAUAUGAAGAAGAAUUGGACGGAGCUAGUACACCAAAAUAUAUAGUAACAAAGAACAAUCAUAAUAAUAAUAAUAAUCAAAAUACUAGGUAUAAUAGAAAGAUGAAUGACUUUACAGAAUCAUUUUCAAAUAAUUUAAAUGUAUAUAAUAAUAAUAAUAAUGAUAUAACUACAACUACAACUACGACAACAUCAACAACAACGAAUCAUCAAAAUGAUGAAUAUAUAGAUAUAAAUAUAAAUAAUAGUAAUAAUAUAAAUAAUAGUAGUAAUAAUAUAAAUAAUAUUUCACCAACAACAUCAAACUCUUCAUCAUCAUAUUAUAUCAAUUCAAAUUCACCUAUUUUAUCAUACCCAAUUGAAGAUUUAAUACCAUCACCUCAAGUUGUAAAUAACAACAACAAUAACAACAAUACUUUUACUACUACUACAAGUGUAUCAAGUAGUAGUGGAAAUAGUAUAGAUGGAGAACAAAUAGUAUCGAGUAAUAGUACGUCAAAGAGUAGUUCACCAAAAUCUGGACGUCGUAAACAACAUCAUCACAAGUACAGAAUCAAAAACAAUAGUUAUUUAAAUAACCCUGCGUUCAAGGACCGAAUCAUUGGCGAUCGCGAAACACAUGAACCCAUCAAUUUUCUAGAGAUCCCCAUGGAGAUGAUCAACUAUAUCUUUUUGAGUGUUGGCGCGCUACAUAUUAGUAGUCUGUUGCGUGUCAAUCGUUUUUGCUUUAAGACUGGAAUGAACGAAGCUUUGUGGACAAUCUUUGCACAGAAUGACUUUAGAUUGCCAGCGUCUGAAACACCCACAUUGAUCAAACUCAAUAGGGGUUCGCGGUCCAUGUACGCCAACCUAUACUUUAAACGCAAAAACUCGAUUGUUGCACCACCCUCUCCCAAUCCACUCAUCAAAUGGGUAUUACGUCCCAUCAAGCGACUACCAUCCAUCUUUUCACGUAAAGAGUACAAGGCUUUGAUGUAUGGACUCGACGGUGUUGGAAAGACUACCAUGUUGUACAAGUUUGCACGUGGUGAGAAUGUGCGCACUUUGCAUACAUCUGGAUACAAUGUCGAAGUGGUAGAGUACAAGUCAUGUGACUUUAUCUGCUGGGAUAUUGGAUACGAACAGGCUGUUGUGCCGGUAUGGCAUCACUACCUGCAAGAUACGCAGGCCAUCAUCUUUAUCAUUGACUCUGCCGAUCGUCAGCGUCUACGCAAAGUGCGUGAAGAGUUGUGGCGUAUGGUGACUGACCGCAACGUCGCCAAGAUCGUCUCCAACUUUAAAGACAAUACAACCGAUCCCCACAACCGUGUUAAAGUCCUCAUCUAUGCCAACAAACAAGACUUGCCAUCAUCCAUGUCCACCCUCGAGAUCACUCUUGCCCUAUCUCUUUUCAAUCUACCAAAACAUGUCCAAUGGCUUGUCCAAGCUUGUUCAGCUACUUCCGAAGAAGGUGAUGGUUUAUAUGAAGGUUUAGAUUGGUUAAGUUCACAAUUUGAUUUUGAUUCUUAA